AGUCAGUCGCUCUCUCAGCGCACAUCCAACCGGAAGCCCAAAAGAAACGCGCGUGUGUGACCGUAUACCACGUAAGUGUGUGCCAGAGUUUCCCCAUUCCAAUCAGAACGCGCACACACACUGUUGCAGGCGGUGCGACAAGGAGUCCCCGUCGAAUUUGAAAUUCCUUGCCUUCAGUUGGAUUCCGAACGUUUAUGCGCGACACGCGAAACGCAGUGAAUGAAGCGACCGGAACGCGAAUUGCCGUCGCCAAAAAGCAAAAAUAGUAGUGAUCUACAAACAGCUAUCAUUCAUCAAUUGAAAACUGGAAAACUGACCGUUUUUAAUAGCUCGCAAUUUGAUUAAUUAAGCGGGUUUCGGUUCUCGCAUCCGCUGUUUCAUUGGCCAUCUUUAGCUGCCGAAAUCAAUAGUGUAUGUGUGAGUGAUCUGUGAUCUUUGCCUUUUUUGUUCAUACCCAUCAAAUAUUUGUGGAUUUCGUGUGAUUUGUGGCGCUUUUAUUUGGACUCCGGCAUUCAAAAUCAAAUCAAAAACCGCGCACACAAAACAAAAACUCACAAAACGAUUGCUGUGAAAACAAUAAAUGCGAUUUAAAAGCAGUUUACAUUUCUGUUUAACCGCUCGACGAAAAGGCCAUUAGGUGCCAUAACUGCCAAUUGGCAUACGAAUCUUGAUUAGCAUAAAUCACACAAAGCCAUUGGAGAUACGCAGACGAAUCAAACGGACAGAAAAAAGCAGAUACUCUCUGUCUUUACUGAUUAAUUCCACAUCGGAUCAGCAGUCGACUCGCGACUAUCCCCACUUCAGCGGCGACUAUCAGAACGUGACGCUGUCGGCUGCCUCUGCAUCCACAUCCGCAUCCGCUUCUGCCACCCACGUCGCCGCCGUCAAGAUGUACCACAGUAGCGCCGUUGCGGCAUACACGGACCUGGCUGCCGCCGGUAGUGCCGCAAGCGCCGGAGUCGGAGUCGGGGUGUCCGGCUAUCACCAGCAGGCGGUAAACGCUCCCGUUUACGUGCCAUCCAACCGACAGUACAACCACGUGGCCGCUCAUUUUGGAAGCGCUGCGGCGCAGAAUGCCUGGACCACGGAAGGAUUCGGAUCGGCGCAUGCACAGUUCUACUCGCCAAACGCCGCUGUGAUGAUGGGCUCGUGGCGCAGUGCCUACGAUCCGUCGGGCUUCCAAAGAUCCUCGCCCUACGAGAGCGCUAUGGACUUCCAGUUUGGCGAGGGACGCGAGUGCGUCAAUUGCGGUGCCAUAUCGACUCCGUUGUGGCGACGGGAUGGAACCGGACACUAUCUGUGCAACGCCUGCGGACUGUACCAUAAGAUGAACGGAAUGAACCGGCCGCUGAUCAAGCCUAGCAAGCGCCUGGUGAGUGCAACUGCCACUCGGAGGAUGGGCUUGUGCUGCACCAACUGCGGCACUCGGACCACCACACUUUGGAGGCGCAACAACGAUGGCGAACCCGUGUGCAAUGCCUGCGGACUGUACUACAAGUUGCACGGUGUUAACAGACCACUGGCCAUGAGGAAGGAUGGCAUUCAGACCAGGAAACGAAAGCCCAAGAAAACGGGAAGUGGUUCGGCGGUGGGAGCGGGCACUGGAUCCGGAACAGGCUCCACUUUGGAGGCCAUCAAGGAGUGCAAGGAGGAGCAUGAUCUCAAACCCUCGCUCAGCCUGGAGCGCCAUAGCCUCAGUAAGCUGCACACGGAUAUGAAGAGCGGCACCAGCAGUAGUAGCACCUUGAUGGGACAUCACAGCGCGCAGCAGCAGCAGCAGCAGCAACAGCAACAACAACAGCAACAGCAGCAGCAGCAGCAGCAAUCGGCACACCAACAAUGCUUUCCCCUUUACGGACAGACGACGACGCAACAGCAGCACCAGCAACAUGGCCACAGCAUGACAUCAUCCUCUGGACAGGCACAUCUGAGUGCCCGCCACCUUCACGGAGCGGCAGGAACGCAGCUCUACACGCCCGGCAGCAGUUCCGGCGGAGGCAGUGCGUCUGCCUACACAUCGCACAGUGCGGAGACGCCGGCCCUGAGCAACGGAACUCCCUCGCCCCAUUACCAGCACCACCACCACCUCGGCGGAACCCAUGGACACCAUGUGACGGCAGCGGCGGCACAUCAUCAUUUCCAUGCCGCUGCCGCUGUGGCCGCCUACGGCGUAAAGACAGAGGCGAGUGCCACCAACUACGACUAUGUGAACAACUGCUACUUUGGGGGCACCUUCGGUGCGCUGGGAGGAGCUGCAACCACAACCGCCAUGGCUGGCGGAGCGGCCAGUGAACUGGCUGGCUACCAUCACCAGCACAACGUCAUCCAGGCAGCCAAACUGAUGGCCACCUCGUAAAGUUAAAAAUCUGGACACUGGCUCUGUGAUGUGAUCUCCUUCCUCCUCCUAAACUGCACCCUCACUUGAAGCCUUCCUUGGAAUCAUGGCAUUGAAAAGACUUUAGACAUUAGUACUACUCGGCCUUGUUUGCAAUUUCGUUUAAUUAAGUUUAGCUAAUUGUGUGACUUUCUGAAACGUAUUUUCGGAAUAGCUUAGUUCUAGCUAACUAUCAUGAAUUAGCUAUGUUUAAUUGAAUUUUGGGUCGCAAAUGGGGUUUUUUAGUUUAAGAGCUGCCUGAAUGGCACUUAGUUUUUAUUUCUUGUAAAUAACUAAUAGCAAUUCUUGUUGUACAAAUCUGCGUCUAUAUGUAUGUGCUUAUCCAUCAAGUUAUAUGUGUAUGUACAGAUAUUGAUUAUCGCUUCGUUUAUAAUGUAGUUCCAUUUAGGUCUUUAUCAUAAACAUUAUCUUGUUCAAGUAGCUUAAAUAUUUUAUGAGUAUUCCGCACUUCCCCACCAACCCACUUAAUAGAACAUUUAGCAGUUAGUCCUAUGUAGAAGUCUAGAAUUAAUAUCGUAGCUCUGAUCCAUUUAAUAUGAACGCUAAAUAAAGAUUGUAUUAAACUAUGCAUUGAGUUUAGUAUUACUUAUUUUUGGAUCUGAUAUAUAAAACGUUUUAGUCUGUAUAUCAAAACUUAAUACAACUGAAUAGCAAAACUUGUUAUAAAUUCUAAUUCUUCUCAAAAUUGUAUACUCCGUCCUUUUCUACUGACGGAGUAGUUUUACCAUAUCUGUGAGCUUUUAGUCGUGCUUAAUGUGGAUAAAAAUCGUUGCCUACUUUCAAGCGCAGUUUAAAUCACCAAAUGUACCCAACAUACAAGUCAACAUUACUUUACUUUACAUAUUACUUAACAGCACUGUAGCCUUUUUACAACGUAUUAACUUUUUUUUAUAUUUAUUUAUUUAGAAGCUAUAAAUCCAUACAAUGCAUUGUAACAUAACAGAGCAAUUAACAGAUAAAUGAUAAAACCAAACCUCUUACUAACAACGUAUUAACUAUUUGUAUGCCGCCAGCGUAAAUAUUUAAAUCUCCAAAUGAACUGCAAAUCAGUAAAAUAGUGUUUUUUUACCAUUGCCAAUUUGCUUAGACAUUUUCACAAUAACCACUAACGGGCUAGUUGGUCAAUGUCAGAUUGUCAAAAUGUACCAUCAGUCUGGUGAUAAACAAUCAAAUUACACAGGCGUGAUCUGCCUGCCAAGGUGCCAAUUUAACAAACCCAAUCGAAGCUAUUGACCUCUUGGCGCCAAUUGCACGUGAUCAGGUGCGGAUUAGCCAAAAGCCAUGGGAAAGCCCAUGCAAUUAUUUGUUUUCUUUGCUUUUAUGACAUUGCUAAAAAAAAUAUAUCGCAAAAAGUGAUGGAGACGGGUGAUUGCAUCACUUGCUCUGGCAAGCUGGCUGUAUUGAAAAAAACCAGGAAUGCACCGACAAGUGUGAAAAUAAACGCC